AUGAGGCUGAAUGAGAGCCGGACAAGAUCCUUCCAGGCUCCUGUCACCAUCCACAAUUACCCGGGCAGGCAGGUGUAUGUGUUUCCCGAUGGCCGAUCUGACUCGGAAGAGUCAUCAGAGGAGGAACUCAACGUUAUGGAACUGCGGCCCAGGGGCAGGGAGCAGCAGCGAUGCAGCACUUCUCGGGACAGAGUUGGAGAUGUGGUACUUCUGGAACGAGAGAUUACGGAGGAUGAUAAUCUUAACAAGCUAGCCCUGCAGUAUGGCUGUAAAGUUGCAGAUAUCAAACGUGUCAACAACUUCAUCCGGGAGCAGGACUUGUAUGCACUGAAGUCCAUCAAGAUCCCCGUGAAGACCCACGGGCUCUUAACGGAGAAUGGCCGAGAGCUAAAGCCGCUCUCAGCUGCGCCCUCCCAGAGCGGCCUGACGCUGGUGGACUUACCGGAGCCUGAUGAUGGCGAGAGCUGCUCCGCUGAGGGCAGGCACCUCAGCGACUACUUCAAGGGGAUCGACAAGAGCAUUCAGGAUGCGGUGCAGGCAGAGGUCCAGCUAAAUGCAGAGUAUUGUGUGGAUGUACUGGAGAGGCCGCUGCCUGAGUCGGGGAAGCGGGAGAGCAGUAAUGGUGCGGACUGUGGAAUCCAGUGGUGGAAUGCGGUUUUUAUUAUGCUCCUGAUAGGAAUUGUCCUGCCAGUAUUUUAUAUCAUCUAUUUUAAAACACAAGGCCUGGUGGCCCAUACCUCCAACGCAACAGUAACCUCAAAUAUUUCAACAGAUAUAUUGGAAGGGAAAUUACCACAAAACUCAGUUGUAGAAAAGAAAUCCUAAGCAGGGGGGCAGCCAAGUACAGCCUCUCCUCUCGGCACUGCGGCCCUUAUGCCAGUGACUCUGACUCGAGUGCGUUCAGGGCAAUAA